AUGUUCAGGGGCUGCAGUGCCUGGUUCUCUCAAAGCGUCAGCCACAAGCUUUGUGACCUUUGGGUUGCUGAAGGAGGAGUGAUCACAAACCAGGAUGCUGCUGAUUAUCUGUUCAGCAGUGAUGCUUCGCACCCUGACACAAAAAGAAUACACUGGAGCUUAGAUUAUCUAGAAGACAGAAUCACAGUUUUUCAUUCUUGUUAUCUUACUGCAAGUGUCAACUCUGAAAUAAAAAACACAGUGCCAUUAGGACACUUCCUCCUUCCACCUGCCUGCUUGCAACAAGAAAUUAGAAAAAAAAUUGGCAGCUUUAUAUGGGAGCAGAUAACCAAUCCUCUGAAGGUUCAGCCUAGUCAACCUGCUGAAGUAAAGAGCUACAGAGUGGAAGAGAUAAAGAGCAAGAGAGGGUUGAAAAAAAGUGGAGACAAUCAGAUUCCAGGGACAGUAGAAAGAAGGAAACUGGCAUAUAUUCCACUACAAGAUUAUCCAGCAAGCAACAUGGUGACUGGUUAUCCCUCUGCUAAAGAGAUGAAGAAAUUCCUUGGAGAGAUAAAGGAUUUUAUUCCUGGCUGCUCUGAUUACUUGGCAUACUGGAUUCCAAAUGAAAAAAUGUUUUUCUCUGGUGUAUUCUGCAACGCGUAA